CACUUAAAAAUAUGAUAUUCGGAUUGUAAACCUGAGUUUAUAUAAAAAUUCGUUACUAUUAUAUUAUAAUUGACAAAAUUUAACUUGGGUCAAUUGAUACCCUAUAAGAACCGAUAACCUACACUAAAGUGGAUGUAUUAUUUUUGUAAUUGAAAAUAAAAAGAUAAUUUCUAUGUGAUUAACCAGCUAAAAUUAACAUUUUUUUUUGGGUCAAAUAGUCACCUAAAGCAGAAACCACACGUGCAAGACCAAUGAAUGCCACGUUUCAUAAUGGACACAUGCGAACUCAAUCCAUGGUUCGUGGCACGUGUCACACUACUCACUGACAUAGCCUCCUCCCUCUUUUUAAAGUUCUCACCUCGCCCGCGUAACCACCAAGUAAAACCCAGCAAAUAAACACAAAUUGAAUAAAGAGAAAAAGAGAGAGAGAGAGAAACCGAAUGGAAACUGAGAACCCAGUGACUUACCGGUAUAUGCGUCGCAACUUCAACGACUCCGCUGGCGACCCCGGCGGCGCCUUCAGCGAUUGUUCUUCCUCCUGCGCCGGCGGCACCACCACCCUCCACCACCGCCUAACCCCUUCAUCCGCAACCAUCUACUCCGACGAAUCCCUUCGUUCCCUCAUCUCCGACCUCGAAUCCCCCUCCGUCACCAUAGACACGCAGCGCCACGCCGCCAUGGAGCUCCGUCUCCUCGCUAAACAUAGCCCCGAGAACCGUUUCCAGAUCGCCGGCGCCGGCGCCGUCGUCCCCUUGAUCUCGCUCAUCUCUAGCCCCGACUCCCUCCUCCAAGAACAUGGAGUCACAGCGAUCCUCAACCUUUCGCUGCUCGAUGAGAACAAGGACCUGAUAGCCGCCGCGGGUGCGAUCAAGCCCUUAGUCCGCGCCCUCCGAUCACCCUCCCUUGCCGCGAGGGAAAACGCCGCGUGUGCGCUCUUCCGCCUCUCCCACUCCGACGCCCUCAAAGCCACCAUCGCCCGAUCCGGCGCAAUCCCACCGCUCAUCUCCCUUCUAGAAUCCGGCCGGCUGCGAGCGAAGAAGGACGCCAUCACGGCACUCUACGCGCUGUGCUCGAUCAGCGAGAACAAAAUCAGGGCGGUGGAAGCGGGGAUCAUGAAGCCUCUACUGGAGAUGAUGGCGGAGACGGACGGGGAGUUGGUGGACAAGGCCGGAUGCGUGCUGAGGAAGGUGACCGGGGAGGAGAAAGGAAGGGUGGCGGCGGUCUCCGACGGCGGGAUCCCGGUGCUGGUGGAGGUCAUCGAGGUCGGCACACAGCGCCAGAAGGAGAUCGCCGCGGCCGCACUGCUCCAGAUCUGCGAAGGCUCGCCGGCGUACAGCGCGCUCGCCGUCCGCGAAGGCGCCAUUCCGCCGCUCGUCUCGCUCUCUCAAUCCAGCACCUCGCGCGCCAUGAAAAAGGCGGAAAUGCUAAUUGAGAUGCUUAGACAGCUGAGGACAACGGAGGACUGUUGAGUAUUACUACUAGGCCAAAUAGAAUAUUGACACGUGUAAGAUAAAUGAAGGUGUAGAUAGGAAUUGAGUGUGUGUGUGUGCAUAAUUUUAGUCUUAUUAUUUAGAGCAAGAGUAAUUUUAUGCUA